AUGUCAGAAAUUGCGAAUCGCAUUUUUGGGCGUCACGUAGACACGUUCAACGCUGCCACAAAAGCCAACCGGCAAGCCGCUGUGAUCUUCGAAAUCGAUGGCAUAACCAACAAAAGGGGUUUGGAAGCUCUUGAGGCGAAGCACAUCGUCGUGCGCUUCAAACCCGAGGCACCCCCAUUCGUUUUCCGAAGCGAUGACGACUUUGUGGAGCCGCCAAUCCGGGUGGAAAAAUGGCGCUGGUUUCCGUUCGUCGUCACGGUGCUGACGCUUCGCUUCGCCAUUCUGCGGGCAAUUGACGAGCACGAUUUGGGAAAGCGUCUGGUAUACAUCUGGGGCAUCUUACUGCUACUGCCGAUUGCUUGGGGUGAGUUAUCU